GUUAGUUCAUCAUCAUCACAAACCAACACAGAAAACAAUUAAGCCUCCCACUUUGUCUACUUUCCUUUCAUCUUCAGCUCUUUUCUUCAACACUAGCUCAUUUUCGAGCAAAAAGAGGAUCCACCAUGGCUAUUAGCUUGCCAACCAACCUUGCCAAGAAAAUUCGUCGAAGGUCCAGUUUCGGGUCAAGCAGAUCAUCGUCAUCGUCUUCAAGUUGUUCAGAUGUCCCAAAGGGUUACUUAGCAGUUUAUGUAGGAGAGACGACGGAUAACAAGAAGCGGUUUGUAGUUCCGAUUUCGUAUCUGAACCAACCUUCAUUUCAAGGUUUGUUGAGCAUGGCUGAAGAGGAGUUCGGGUUUGAUCAUCCAAUUAUGGGUGGCUUGACCAUUCCAUGCAGUGAAGAGGCUUUCAUUUUUGCUACUUCAAGCUAAAGCAGAGGGCAUCAGCACUGAUAUAUAUAUUGAAGGAACAGAUGUAUUCACAGUCAAAUUAACACCACAUUUUUGUUUAGCUACUAUUGUAGGUCGGAAAUUGCAAAUAUGUAUACUAGAGUUUCUCCUUUUAGCUUGCUAGAAACUUGAGGCUCGAAAUAUCAAUGUAGUGAAUCCAAUUAAAUAAUUAUAUUAUACGUUGAAUCGUUGAUUAUUUAAUAUUUGUUGUUCACAAACAGUUAUGUAGUAAAUUAAGAUUAAUGGU